UAAAACACAUGGCACAUGCCCACCAGCAGCCAAGACAAGGCAGCGGGUAAGAUUGUCAAACUUAACUGUAUUCAGAGGACAACCAUCAUGAGAAGUCGCAGUAAUUCUGGAGUGAAACUUGAUAACUAUGCCCGAAUGUUGCAGAAGACAAUCCUCUGUCACCAGGAUCCGGUGACAGGGUUACUUCCAGGUGAUGAGACGUUACCUCAUGCCUGGGUUAGAGACAAUGUCUAUUGCAUCUUGUCUGUGUGGGCUUUGGGUCUGGCCUAUAGGAAGGAUGCAGAUAGAGAUGAAGAUAAAGCCAAUGCCUUUGAACUGGAGCAGAGUGUGGUGAAACUCAUGCGAGGUUUACUGCAGUGUAUGACAAGGCAGCUUGACAAGGUGGAAAAGUUCAAGUACAGUAAAAGCACUUCAGACUGCCUUCAUGCCAAGUAUCAUUCAGGAAACUGUGCUCCUGUAGUCGGUGAUCAGGAAUGGGGUCAUCUACAGGUGGAUGCUACCUCAAUUUUUCUACUCUUUCUAGCCCAAAUGACAGCAUCAGGUCUCCAUAUCAUACAUUCUCGCGAUGAGGUUGACAUCGUUCAGAAUCUGAUCUUUUAUAUUGAAUCUGCAUACAAAGUGGCGGAUUUUGGAAUGUGGGAACGAGGAGACAAAACUAAUCAAGGCAUCCCUGAGCUUAAUGUCAGCUCUAUCGGCAUGGCAAAAGCAGCUCUGGAAGCUUUGGAUGGACUGAAUCUUUUCGGUGCCAAGGGUGGUCCGGAGUCUGUUGUACAUGCUUUAGCCGAUGACAUUCAGCACUGCCAAUCUAUUCUCAGCUCCAUGCUUCCAAGAGCCUCAACGUCUAAAGAGGUAGACGCUGGGGUCCUGUCCAUCAUUUCCUAUCCAGCUUUUGCUGUUGAGGACAUUGAUAUUGUUAAUAUCACCAAAGAGGAAAUCAUUUCAAAACUACAGGGCAGAUACGGAUGCUGUCGCUUCCUUAGGGAUGGACACAAAACUCCAUGCGAGGACUCCAAUCGAUUGUACUACGAGUCAUCAGAACUGAAGCUGUUUGAAAACAUCGAGUGUGAAUGGCCACUCUUCUGGACGUACCUCAUCCUGGAUGGCAUUUUCAUCAACAGCCGUGAACAGGUUGAAGAAUAUAGGGAGGCUUUAGAUGGCAUUCUCAUCAAAGGAAAAAACGGAUUACGUUUGGUCCCUGAGCUUUAUAGCGUUCCUCCGGAUAAGGUUGAAGAAGAACGUGUUAAUCCACACAGCGUUGAGAGAGUGCCAGUUGGAAAGUGUCCUCUUAAAUGGGGCCAGUCUCUGUACAUAUUGGGCAACCUGCUGGCAGAGGGUCUUUUAGCACCUGGAGAAAUUGAUCCUCUUAACAGACGCCUGUCCACUGUCCCCAAACCUGAUGUUGUGGUUCAAAUGUCUAUCCUGGCAGAAAAUGAGGAGAUUAAGCAGCUACUGCAGAGCCAUGGCAUUGAUUCAGAAACCCUGGAGGACGUUCACCCAAUCAGAGUUCAGCCCUCCAGAGUUCUCAGUCACAUCUAUGCCAGACUGGGGCGUAACCAAAGAUUGGGUUUGACUGGGAGACCCUACCGACGAAUCGGUGUGCUUGGGACAUCCAAAUUCUACAGUAUUCGCAACACCAUCUUCAUCUUCACACCUCAGUUUGUAGACCACCAUGACUAUUAUCUGGCUCUGGACAAUCACAUGAUUGUGGAGAUGCUCCGUAUCGAUCUCUCUUACCUCUGUUCUCGCUGGAGGAUGACAGGACAGCCCACAGUGACCUUCCCAAUUUCACACGACAUGCUCACUGAUGAUCGCAAAGAUAUUGAUCCUGCUGUUCUGGCCACCCUACAAAAACUCCAGAAUGGUUACUUUGCAGGAGCAAGGGUUAAGACUGGAAAACUUUCUGGGUUUCUUGACACCUCCGUUUGUGCUCAUCUUACAUUUAUGGACUGUGAGGUGGAUGAUCUAGCCGUGUAUUUGGAUCAGCUUCUGGCCCUUCCUCAGCAGACCUCCAUUAGCACCACUGAAGGAGGUCUGAACCGCUUCAGAGCCGCAGGCAAAAAGACUCUUGAGAUGGUGGCUCUCGUGCGCAAAGCCAGAGAACUCAAUAUACACAAUGUGCACAUGUACCUUCCUUCUAAACUCUUCAGGUCUCCAGCGCCAAAUCUGAAUUUGCCUGAUAACAAAGACAAUGUUCCAGAGAGACAGGACAUUUAUCCAAUAAACCUGCCCAGAGAAGUGAAUGGAGGGAUUGACCAUCCAGCUCUUGUGCAAAUGCUGAAGCAAAGCCUGAACAUGCAGGAUCAAGCUGACAUUCUCUACAUACUGUUAAAAGACAAGGGAAUAGAGUGGGACACCCGGCUGCAUGGGAAGGGUUGGACGGUACGACGCCUCCUGAGCAACUUGUAUGAAAAGGCAGCUAUGUUGAAACAUUGGGGUCUCAUCCGAAUGAUCUCUGGGAUGCUACGCAAGAAAGUUGAGGAGCUGGAUGCUGCUUGUUCAGAUUUGCUAGUUCAUCAGAAACAUCUAACAGUUGGACUUCCUCCUGAACCAAGAGAGAAAACAAUUUCAGCCCCAAUGCCUCCAGAUAAGCUGGCAAGGCUUAUUGAUGUGGCCAGUGAGCAUAACCUCACCAUUGCUAUUCUCACUCAGGAGAUAUUGGUGUUCCUGGGAAUGAUCAUUCGUACCCAGCCCAAACUCUUCAGCGAGAUGUUUCGUCUCCGCACUGGCCUCAUUCUUCAGGUCAUGGUGACCGAGCUCACCCAUUCCCUUCGCUGUUCAGGUGAGGAGGCUACAGAGAGUUUGAUGAACAUGAGCCCAUUCGAGAUGAUGAACCUGCUACAUCACAUUCUCAGUGGAAAAGAGUUUGGCGUUCAGAAAAGCGUGCGCUCAACAGGGAAUGUGGUCAGCUCUGCUAUCAGUAUACAGGACAAGAGCAAAUCUUUUAAAACUGAUUUAAAAGCCCACCCUAAACAUGGGGGUCCCAUCAAACUGCCUGUGUCACUUCAUUCCCUGGAUAUUGAAACUAUUGAAUCAGGGAGGUACAGACUUCCACCCAUUGAGUCAUUUCAGGGAUCAUUAGGAGCUAGUGUAAUGCGCGACAGCAAACACGGCCAAUGGCUUCGUCGCAGACGUCUAGACGGAGCUCUCAACAGAGUCCCUGUUGGUUUCUAUCAGAAUGUCUGGAAGAUUCUGCAGAAGUGUGAAGGGCUGUCUAUUGAAGGCUGUGUACUUUUAUCCACAACCACGAGAGAGAUGACUCCAGGUGAAAUAAAGUUUGCCGUUCAUGUGGAAACCGUGUUGAAUCGCGUUCCCCAACCGGAAUAUCGGCAGCUGUUGGUGGAGGCCAUCUUGGUACUGACCAUGCUGGCUGAUAUUGACAUCCAGAGUGUUGGUGGUGUCAUUCAGGUGGAGAAGAUCGUACAGAUGGCCAGUGAUCUGUUCUACAACGAUCAGAAAGAGCUGGGAGCAGAUGAGUUUCUGCUGGAGAGAGAUCAGUCCACUGGUAUCUGCAGGCUUCUCUAUGACAGUUCACCUAGUGGCCGUUUUGGAAGCAUGACUUACCUUUCUAAAGCAGUGACUACAUACGUUGAGGACUUUCUUCCUAGCGGAGCUUGUGCUCUUCAGUGAGGCUCAGAGAUUCGAAGACAUUAAUAAGGCUUUUGAUGGAAGGUAAUGAUUUUUAUAGAUAUUUGGGUAAAAAUAUCAUGUUGUCUUAAAGAGAUAAAGGAAUGUUUGUAUACAAACCGAGCAGAUGCCCCAUUGACUUCCAUAGUAUUCUUUUUUUCUACAAUGGAAGUCAAUGGGGCCUCUGAUCGGUUUGGUUACAAACAUUCCUCAAAAUUUCUUCCUUUGUGUUUAUCAGAACAAAGAAAUGUAUACAGGUUUGAAAUAACAUGAGAGUGAGAAAGUGAUGACAGAAUUUUCAUUUUUGGGUGAACUAUCCCUUUAAGGAUUUUGAACAAGGCUAGUUAAAGUGUGCAAAUUGUUAAACUAAACUGAUCAAAUAAUUUAUAAAUAGAUAUGUGUACAGGUUUCGUUAACAUCUUCUAUUAAUUGGUCAAGCAGAGAGUUGGACUGCUUAAACUAACAAUCUUUUGUUAGCCAUGUUGCAUACACUGUUCAGGGAAUCAACGUACAGUAUGAUGUACGACGUAUAGUUGUUUUUGCAUUAUGAGGAGUUACCUUCGCUUCAAAUCUGCUUAAUCCCGCCUUUUUAAAAAUAUACACCUAGGAUGGGAAAUAAUGGGGUAAUUUAAAUUUUGCUGUGAAUUUUCCUUUACGCUAAAGUGCUUUGUUUUGGGGUUGCAAUGAAAAUGUAAUCACAAUCUCUGUAUUUGUCACACAUUUUUUUUUGUUGCCAGAUAUAUAAUAAAUCAUAUAAUUUCCAUACAUAAACAUACUGCAGUAUUUGACUUUAAUCCAAACAGCCAUACCUUACCAUACCUGAACGAGGCAUUACAAGUCAUGUAGAAACAA